AUGACAGCACAGCGCAGCUCUCGUAUCCAGGCUACGGAUGCUUCGGUACGUAUGCCUUUGACUGCGUCAGCCCGAAUGGAUGUGGCCCAGGCGCAUGGGGCUAUCCCGGUUGUGGCCCAUACCCUUCGAGAGGAUACGGCUUGGAUGGUUGCGGUUACCGACCGGGCGCUGGAAGCGCCUGUGGACCUCGUCUCUGGAACUGCGGACGAUGGCCUUGAGCAUUUCUGA